ACUCCUCCAAACUUCCGUCGGCGCGUUGCGCUCCUCUCCGGCGCAUCCCGUCGGCCGCUGGCAGAGGCUUCUGUCCGCUCCUCCAGCUUCCAAAUGGAGCUGCAGACAUCCCCGUUUCUCCUCGUCUUUUAUGUCACCUCCGUCAUCUGUAACUCCGGGCCCAUAGCGGACGUGGUCAUCGAUCGGUACGACAUUCCCAGAGUCUGUCCAAGGGAAGUGGAGACCGAAGACUUCAUCCGUUAUCACUUCAACGGCAGCUUCCAUGUUGACGGGAAAAAGUUUGACUCAAGCCAUGACAGAGGUAAAGCCUUCAUCAGCCAGGUUGGCCUGGGCAGGCUCAUCACAGGCAUGGACCGAGGUCUUCUGGGAAUGUGUGUGAAUGAGCGCAGGAGGAUCACAGUCCCUCCACACCUCGCCUACGGAAGCAUCGGAACAGGUGGCAUAAUUCCUCCUGAUGCUGUUUUGGUGUAUGAUGUUCUUCUGUUGGACAUAUGGCACCCCGAUGACAAGGUCCAGAUCCGCACUCUCAGCAAGCCUGAAAGCUGCAACCGCACCACCGUGGCAUCAGAUUUCAUCCGAUACCACUACAACGGCACCCUGCUCUCCGGUCAAGCCUUUGACUCCAGUUACUCAAGGAAUUCGACCUAUGACACCUACCUGGGGCAGGGUGACCUCAUCAAAGGCAUGGACGAGGGUCUUCUGGGCAUGUGUGUUGGAGAGAGGCGGGUCAUCAUCGUCCCACCUUUCCUGGCGUACGGGGAGAGCGGUCAUGGAACUAAAGUCCCCCCUCAGGCCACACUAGUCUUUGAGGUGCUGCUGGCCGACGUCUUCAACCCUAAAGAUGACCUGAUAGUUCAUGUAAAAGAGGUCCCAGAAACCUGCACCAGGAGGACCGCGACUGGAGAUUAUAUCCGCUACCACUACAAUGGGACCUUCCAGGACGGAACAGCCUUCGACUCAAGUUACCAGAGAAAUAGCACCUACAACACUUACAUUGGCAUGGGGUAUGUGAUCCAAGGGAUGGACAAAGCCCUGCAUGGCCUGUGCAUGGGAGAGAAGCGACGCAUCAUCAUUCCUCCUCACAUGGCGUACGGCGAAAAUGGAGUUGGAAAGAUUAUUCCUGGCUCUGCAGUGCUCGUCUUCGACAUCCACGUCAUAGAUUUCCACAACCCCAAAGACCCAGUGGAGAUCAAGAUUACCCACAAACCACAACAAUGUGAUCUGACCAGUGAAGCUGACGAUUUGAUUCAGUAUCGUUAUAACUGCUCCCUGAUGGAUGGCACCCUGCUGUACUCCUCGGACCAGUACGAUUCACCUUCCACCACAACACUUGGAACCAACUCAGUGAUCUUGGGUUUGGAAGAGGGCUUGAGUGGCAUGUGUGUUGGUGAAAGGAGGGAAGUUAUUAUUCCACCACACUGGGCACAUGGUGAAAAUGGAGCUGCAGGAGUUCCAAAAAGUGCAGUGCUGUUCUUUGAGCUGGAAUUGGUGGAUCUGCAAAAGGGGGUGCCUCAGGGCUACAUGUUUGUGUGGCUGGGAGACGGACCUGAUCCACUUUUUCCUGCUAUGGACCUCAAUGGUGACAAAAAGGUUCCACUUGAGGAGUUUUCAGAUUUCAUCAUGCUCCAGGUUAAAGAGGGCAAAGGUCGUCUUCGGCCUGGAGUGGACACCGACAGCAUUAUUAAGGACAUGUUCAAUAACCAGGAUGUCAAUAAAGAUGGAAAGAUUGUGGAAGAAGAACUGAAACCUGCAUCUGAGGAGCCACAACAAGCAAGUAAAGAUGAGCUGUAAAGAACAUUCAUAUUUCAGUGGUGGAGAACAGGCAUGCAGUGGCUGGGGUUAUGCCAUUAUCAGUCAGCAACUGUUGUGCAACUAUUUUUAAAGUGUUUCAGAUACUGGAAACAGAAAGUGUUCAGCCUUUAUUGAAGGCGGUCUCUUUACUAGGUUUUGUUGAAAUAUAUCAAAUUCAUUUAAUUUCUGAAGGUCUGUUUUAUUCAAGAGGUUGACUUGUCAUAUUGGGAAAGUCAUAGGUGUUACUGACAGUGACAAUGAGGUAACAUUCAGAAUAACACUAUAAAACUCAAUAAGAUGAAUGUAACUCAUCUGUUAAAGAUUAUCUGCAUUUCAGCAUGUUGUACACAGGAAACAAGGGGUUGAAAAUAUUAAGAAAGAAAACUGGCUGCAGAAAUGUUCCUUUCAGGGGGAAAAAAAAGCCACAUUCAAGAAACCUAUUUGCAUUAAAUUGCAACUUAGCAAAUGUUUGGGCUGGGCCCGUCUUCCAGAAUGGACCAUCUAAUAUAAAUAUAACAAAUGACAACCUAUUGAUUGGCAAUGUGCCACAGAUACUUCCAAUAUAAAAAUGAUGAAACCACUGGUUGUACAGUGUAUGUGAGAGUGGCUUUUUUGUACAGUAGCAGAAACUCAGUAAUAUAACAAUAGAGUGUUUUGUGAAAUCUAAAAUAGUUUAAUACCUUUUUUUUUUACUGUAUUUUUACCUGUAAAAGGGUUAAAUCAGUUCAGUGGCCUGUUUUUACUGUAGUGAAUAAACAGUUUAUUUCAGAUGUUGAAUAUGUGAAACAGUAACACCUUUACACAAGAUGACAAACAUAAAAAUACAGGACUGUAAAGAGAGCUCAAUGAACAACAGCCAAAGUCUGUUAUUCUCAAAAUGUUUUACAGGGUUUUAAGGUUAUUUUAAUAAACUACUAAUUAGUAAUUAAAAUAGAAUACUUUAAGAAAUGCUGUAUAUGAGGCAGCAAUCUGGUUCUCAUAAAUGUUUAAUAAAACCUAGUUGUCAGUUUAAUGUUUAGUAGCACCGUAGUGUUCCAGAACCAGUUGUCAUAUAAAAUACAUCCUGUGUGACAAUACAGCUACAAAUCCAAAUUAAGUGACUUUUUCAACAAAAUAGAACAAGGCCAAACAUGUUUUUAAAAGGUGCGGUUUGAGGUUAAAACCAGCUGUUGAGGAGCUUUAUUGUAAUGAGUUGGAGAACAGUUUCAGACUCAAUAAUAUGUGAAAUCCUGUUGUGCGUUUUUCUUUCCCUUUGUUGUAACAUCUUCAUAAACUGACAAAACCAUCUGUCCCCCAAGCAU